AAAGAAGUUGAAGAAUUCUGAAUUCCAGUCCAAAAUCCCAACAAAGCCCUUUCUUCUUCUUCUUGUGCAACGUAUUGCCCACGGUAUUCCACUCUUGAUUAUUAUUCUUCUUCUUCUCUCUUCACCGAUUCUCACAGCUCCUUCUCUCUCUACCACAGUCUUUCUCUCUCUUGAAUUAAUCUCUCUGAAACCCACUAGGUAAAAGGGAAGAAACCCAUCGAAAGUAUCUCUGGAGGUAAAAAAAUAAAUGGCGUACGUGGAUCACGCGUUCUCGAUUUCAGACGAGGAUAUAAUGAUGGGAACCUCGUACACCGUCAACAACAAGCCGCCAAUCAAAGAGAUCGCCCUCGCCGUUGCGCUCCUCGUUUUCGGCGCCCUCGCUAUCGUACUCGGCAUCGCCAUGGCCGUCAAUCAAGUCGGCGGCGACCGCGCCCACGGGAUAUUUUUCGCUAUACUGGGCGGGAUUCUAUUCCUGCCUGGAUUCUACUACACGAGGAUCGCGUAUUAUGCAUACAAGGGUUACAAAGGUUUCUCAUUCGCCAACAUACCUCCUGUCUAGAAAAAAAAAAUUAUUUGCUAAACUCCGUUCGAUGUAUAGACGUCUCUCUCUGCUCUUGUCUGUUUGCUCGACUCCUCUCUUGUUCUCUUUUUUUUUUUUUUUGUGGUUAUCUCAUACUGGUUUCAAUGGGUCUGUAAAUCACUAGACAUUUUUACACGCAUGGGUUAAUUUUUGUUACUCUCUGAACCGACACGUUUAAUAGUGAAUCCCUUUGAAUGUUUUGUUGUCUACGAUUAUGUUACGGAUGUUGGAAUUAUAAAUUUGUUGUGCC